AUGUUGUUAUCUACUUUCUAUGCCUUAGCCUUAUCCCACGUAUGCAAUCAUGAUAGUCUUCCGCCCAUAGAGCGGAAAGUACAAAUUAUUGAACAACCUGAUAUACAUGAAUCCACUGGCGCAACAACAUUUCCAUAUCCUAAUAGAAGUACACCACGAAUAGUAUUCAACUUCUCGGAAUUAGACAAAUCUACAGCAUUAAAUCAAGGUAAGAUCUGUUGGGAGGAAGGAAUUGUUGUUAAUGAUGUUAAAUGCUCAAAAGAUGACGUAAUAACUGCAGAAAAAAGAAAUGUUAUAAUAGAAACAUUUAAAAAUCUUCAAACGUACAUGGAAGGAUGCUUGAAAGUUACACCAAUGACUACAAGUAUUCGACUUGUUCCAAAUAGAGCUGAAUAUACUCUCGCCCGCGAAGGUGAUGAAGCAAAAAACUGCGAUAUGUACUAUACUAUCAUUCCUCGUCCAUAUAGCUCUUCAGAAUUAAAUGUUCUUGCAUCUGCUUCAUCAAUUCUAGAUGAAUCAAUAGAAAAGCGUCCAAUACAAGGAAUAGUCUUUAUCAAUGUUGCUAAGCUUCCAGACAAAGCCCAAAAUUUAAAUGAAUAUCCAAAUGAGUUCUUUAUUACUUGUUUCCAUGAACUAUGCCAUGCACUUGGUAUCUCCAACAGCACUUACAAAAAUUGGAUUAAUAUAACUACAAGACAACCUUAUUUUGAUCAAAAUGCGAAGACAAUGCAUAAAGAGAAGAAGAACUUUACCAUAGUUUACACGCCCGAAAUCCAUAAAUACGCAAAAAAGCGUUUUGGAGUCGAAACCUUUACAUUUGACGAUGGAGAAAUUCCAUCUGGCAUAGAACUCGAAGAUGGCGGCGGUUCAGGUACAAUGGGAUCACAUCCUGAGAUCCGCACUUAUUAUGGAGAGUCAAUGGUCGGAGUUUCUUCAGCUCAUUCAGUUAUUUCAGAUUUAAUCUUCGCCAUGCUCAAAGAUACGGGCUGGUACGAGGUUAACUACACAUACGCCCAAGGCCACUCCUGGGGAAAUGGUUAUUCCAUUAGUACAUCUCCAUUAAAUUCAUUUGCAGUCGGAGCUCCUCAAACGAGCUUCCCCACCCACUACUUAUGCAAGGUAAAUGGCACAGAAGGCUGCACAUACGAUUACACGGCCAUCGGAGAAUGUAAAACCGAAAAUUAUGACUGUGACAAGUAUCCUGAUGAUCCAUUCUGCCAAUCCCAAGAUUUCUACAACGCCAACCGUGAAACUACGCGUGGACAUUCCUCAGUUCACGAUUGGAUUAAAUAUAUUAUUCCUUAUAACAACAGAAAUUGUCUUGAUCCAAGCAAUUUCGAGAAGCCGAGCGAUUCCAAGGAAGAAGCCGGUCCAAAUUCCCGUUGUUUCGAAUAUCCAAACGGAAAAUUCGGUUGUUUCCUUACGAGAUGCGACGGAUUGGACCUCUACGUCAAGUUCGGAAGCUACGAAUUCCAAUGCAAGAAGGGUGGUGAGAAGGUUGGCCCGAUUUGGCAAAAGAUUCUUUGUCCAAAUCCAGAAUUCAUCUGUCGCGGCAUGGCUGUUGCACAAUCGUUACCGGAAAACCCAUUUGCAGAUGAUUACCAACCUGCUUUAGUACACCAGACUGAAAAACUUGGCAAGAAAUUCCCAAUUAGUGAUACUUUGUUUGUUAUUCUUAUUGCUAUUGGCAUUGUCAUCAUCAUUGUCAUUGUUGUUGUUGUCUGCGUAUGCAAGAGAUCGAAGAGGAAGUCCAGAGUCUACGCAAUGGAAGAAUCUGAAUCUGACGACCUUCCAAAGAAGAAAAAGAAGAAAUCACAUUCAAAGAAAGAGAAGAAUUCUAAAAAAUCAAAUGACAACGGUGACCAAGAAAAGAAAAAGAAGAAAAAGAAGAAGAAUGACGAUAACUAG